AAGAAAAAAAAGCAUGUUCUCAAAUUUGUGAGAAUCUCGAGUCAUGAAAGUUUUGGGUUUGUCUUAAACGGAAGCCGAACUUCACUAUUAAAAGCUCUCUAUUGCCCACAUUUCUCCUUCUCCCUCCUAAAUCUCCUUCCUCCUUUUUCUUUUCUCUUCACUAUUAAAGCCCUAAACUUUCUCACCCUUUUUCAUGUCUCUCUCUAUUUUCUGUAAUUAGAUUAGAUUAGGGUUUUAUCCUUCUUGUUCUUGUUCGCUUAGGAAUUGGGAUUUUUUUUUUUAAUUUCUUUUCUCUUAUAUAGAUUUGUUAAUUCUGUUUAAUUUCAGAGUCCCUUGUUGUGGAUAAAGUUUUUGUAGUUUUAUUUUUUUGUAUUAUCAAAAUUGAAUUUGGACAUUUUUUUUAUUGUUCUUCCCUUUCUUCGAGCUAUUCUGUAAUGGAAGAUUUAGAUUUAGUUUAGAGUUUCAUGGUAUCUUGAUUUGUAAUACACGGUAAUGGAAAUGGAAAGCUCUCGAAGACCUUUCGAUAGAUCAAGAGAGCCAGGCCUUAAGAAACCCCGAUUGAAUGAAGAACCAGAGCGAGGAGGUCUCAGUUCGAAUCCAAACACCCGGUCUUUUCCGCAAAGACCAACUGGGAACAACCCUUUGGUUUCAAGUCGCAGCAGCAGCGGCGGCGGCGGAGGGUAUCAGCCGCAGCCUUUGUCGCAGCAUCAGCAGCAGCAACAACAACAUCAGGAGCUUGUGAGCCAGUACAAGACUGCGAUUGCAGAGCUGACUUUCAAUUCAAAGCCCAUAAUUACCAAUCUGACUAUAAUCGCGGGAGAGAAUCUCCAUGCUGCCAAGGCAAUUGCUGGGACUGUAUGCCACAACAUUCUCGAGGUCCCGAGUGAUCAAAAGCUACCAUCGCUUUAUCUUUUAGACAGUAUCGUAAAGAAUAUUGGGAGGGACUACAUAAAAAACUUUGCUGCGAGAUUACCUGAGGUAUUCAUCAAGGCAUACAGGCAGGUUGAUCCUCCUGUACAUACGAGCAUGCGACAUCUUUUUGGAACAUGGAAAGGAGUUUUCCCUUCUCACACACUUCAGAUGAUUGAGAAAGAACUUGGUUUUGUUCCUGCAGCAAAUGGUUCGUCUACAGCUAAUACAACAUCUAGGCCUGAUUCACAAUCAAAUCGUCCACUGCAUAAUAGUAUUCAUGUCAAUCCCAAAUACUUGGAAGGGCAGCGUCUUCAGCAGCUUAAUAGGGCAAAAGGACUGGCUACUGAUGUAUCUGGGUCUAUUGCAAACUCAGUUGAGGAUGUAGAGAACAUGGACAGAGCAACAGAUAUCAAUACUGGACGAGCAUGGGCUGAUCCGUCUUCUAAAUUGAACCGUUCACAAAGAGGUACAUCCAGUGAGGGUAUUCAUGAGAAGAGCACUGCUGGAGAGUAUGCAGACUAUGACUACAGCUCUGAUUUUCCAAGGAAUUCAGGCUUCGGGAUUGGAAGAGGUGGUGUAAGAGUUUCUGAGUCAGAACAUGAUAAACUUUGGCAUGGAGAUGGUGGCAACUUUGCUGAAUCAGUAUCUGGUCAAAGAAAUAGUUUCAGUAUUAAGCAUGGAUUUCCAAAUUAUCCAGCUCCUAAAUCUACAAAUGUUGUCAACACUAGUCUUCAGUCAGCACAAAACGUUACAAGUAGAAGCAGUGGUGGGGUGUCUAGCAGCAGCUGGAAAAAUUCUGAGGAAGAAGAAUUCAUGUGGGAUGGUAUGAACUCUAGAUCGUCAGACCACGGUGCAUCGGUCAUAUCUAGUAAAUUGAGAAAAGAUCGUUCAGCUUCUGAUGAUUCAGACAAAUCUGGGUUUGAAGAUCACGUUAAACCACAAAGUUUACAUGAUUAUACACCAAGGGGUGAUAAAGAGGCUUCUAUUGAUUCACUUUCUGUUGAACACAAAGAUCUACCUGGUCUUGGGCAUCGGAUAUCAUCUCCGUGGUUGUUGCAGGAACCCCAGUUGACUGAUGGGUUGCCCCGUCCUGUGAGUUCAAGCAUUGGCUUCACAACAAAUGCUGUUUUAGGGUCUUCUGGGGCACUUACACAACAACGGUUUCAAUCUUUAAAGUCUGGGCAGUCAUCAUUGAGACAGCGGCCACCCUCACCUACAUUAACUGCACGCCAUCCUCUUCUUUCAUCGCAAAAUUCAACAGAUCAUGAACGUGUGAAGGCACAUUCUCUUAGUCAUCCUGAUUCUAAAGUAUUUUCAGGGCAAUUGAAUCUGGGGGUGCCUAACAUACAUACUCAGGAUUCAUUGCCCAUCUCAUCCUCCCAUGUUCGACAGGGAAAAAUGGCAAAAUCACUGCCCCAUGAUGUACAAGCUUCUUCUCCUUCAGUUCCCACUUUUCCGCUGAGGCAUGCUUCCUUUUCACAGCAAGCAGAAGAUUCUACAGAGUCUGAUCCUUUAGGUCUAAUUCAGAAAACUUCUCUACCUCAGGUUUCUGUUUCAGGGAUUCUGUCAACAAACAGUAGGUCUGCAUCAGAGCGCUCUCCUCUUACUGUAGAAACUUUAGGAGACUCAAGCACAGCUAGUCUACUGGCUGCUGUUAUGAAAUCUGGAAUUCUUUCUAAGAGUUCAAUUACCAAUAGUAGUCUACCUAACCUGAACUUUCCAGACUCAGGGCAGUUGCCAUCACAGUCAAGUCAGCCUCCACUUCCCAGUGGACGUACUCCUACUCAGGUCAUGAACUCAGGGUUUAGGGCUACAUCGACAUCUUCAUCAGGUCAUUCCUCCUAUGAUGGCUUGUCAGCAUCCUCUAAGAUACCUAAAAAGAAGGUAGAGCAGCCGUCAAAUCAACCUGCUCGACCACUAUCUUCGUCUCCUGCAGGUGGUGCAUCAGAAAAUGUUUCGAAUGUUGCAAAGAAAGCCUCUGAUCCAAUAUCUAACCUCCUUAGCUCGUUAGUUGCAAAGGGUUUGAUAUCUGCAUCAAAGACAGAAUUGCCUGCUGUGAUUCCACCUGAAGUUCCUCCUCAAACACAAAAGAAGAGCAGGACUGUUACUAGCACAGGCUCUGUCCCAUUGUCCUCAGUUUCAGCUUCCCCUGUUUUUUCAAUCAAGAACGAUGGCUCAUCUCUCUCAAAACCUGAUUCCAGUGUUGUCAAUCCUCAGUCCACAAAACCGGAGAAACCCCAAUCAACCAACUUGGAGAUUAAGAAUCUUCUAGGCUUUGACUUCAAGCAAGACAAGAUCCGGGAAUUUCAUUCAUCUGUUGUCAGUGAACUCCUUGAUGGCUUUGAACACCAGUGUGCUGUAUGCAGUCUAAAACUCAAACACCCAGAUCAAUUGAAGAGACACUUGGAGUGGCACGAUUUGAAAAAAGCUAAUGAUUCCACCAAGGCAUCAAGAAAUUGGUAUUUUAAUUCAAGGGACUGGGUUGCUGGAGUAGGAUGUCCAUCGGGAUUUGAGCUUGCGAAGUCAGUAGACAAGCCUGUUAUGACGAUUGAUAAGGACGAGCCAAUGGUUCCUGCAGAUGAGAGUCAAUGUGUAUGUGUUCUAUGUGGUGAGAUUUUUGAAGAUUUCUAUUGUGAAGAAACGGAUGAAUGGAUGUUCAAGGGUGCAUUGCACAUGAUCAUUCCUUCUGGGACUGGUGAGUUAGCAAGUAACGACAAGAAUGUGAGCAAGGGCCCCAUUGUACACAAAAAUUGUGUAUCAGAGAGUUCACUCCCUGAUUUGGGACUGGUCAGCAAUAUCAAAAUGGAACAGGAUGUAUAGUGCUCUGAGAUGGAGAGAACCUUUGUUUUGCUAGUCUGACAGAAUCGGGUGAAUGAAUCCAGGUUCAAUUCUGUAGUUUAAAUCUGCAUGGUCAUUAGAUGCUAAUUUUUUGUGCCUCAGAUCAGAAUGACGGUGAGAGCUCUUUGUUUAUUGUCAUGCUCUCACUACCUUUUCUUUUUUUUGGUUCUUUUUUUUUUUGCCCCUUUGUUUUAAUCCAUAGUUUGAGAAGGAAAAGUUACACAAUGAAGGAAGAUGAUUGGUAUAUUGAAGGUCUCUCUAUUCUCUAACGUGGUUGAUAUGUUGUUGUUCCUGUCUUUCAUUUUCUCUUUUCUGUUUGCCAUUUCUUACACUUUUGAAACUACUACUACACAUGAUAGAUACCAUACCUACCAACCAGGCAUCUGAUGCAAGCAAAAACAAGGAAAAUUGGUUUGUGAACAUGUUGUCUCGGCGAUGCAGUCCCUGACAAUUGCCUCUGUAUCACUAAAACAACCACUAGAUUUAUCUUCUUUAUACUUAUAUUUCAUUUUUGGCUUGGUUUAAUCACAUUACAUUUACCUCUGUUAGUCGAGCUUCUUGAGUAAUGGCUUUCUUGCUGCAAGGUUUUUGGGAUGUUGAGAAAUAUAUGAUUGGGACAGUGAUGAAAUAUGUUUUUUUUUAGUAGAAUUGAUAUUCUCUUUACUAGCAAUUAUUUACUCUUUUGUAUGUUCUUAUGUUCUGAACUAUAAUAAGAAUGGUAUGUCUUGUUAAACUCA